GGCAUUCCUGCUUUUAUUUACAUCAGUUCCAGUAGACGCAAAAGGUAUUAAAGCAAAACAAAAAUUGAAAAUUGAUUAAUGUUUCUAGGAACUAGAAUUAUUUAGCAGAUAUGGCACAAAGUAACGACAUGCCAUCCGCCAUGGAGAAUACUUACUUUGUACAAGAUGAUCUGGAUGGAAUCAACUCAGACGAUUCAGGUGCUGAACAUUUGCUGAAACCGGGUGUUGCUCUAAGGGAACAAGAUCGUUUUCUACCUAUAGCGAACAUCACCAAAAUUAUGAAAAAAGGAAUUCCCUCCAACGGGAAGAUAGCAAAGGAUGCCCGCGAGUGUGUGCAGGAGUGCGUUUCGGAAUUUAUUUCUUUCAUUACAUCAGAAGCGAGCGAAAGGUGCCACAUGGAAAAGAGGAAAACAAUCAACGGUGAGGACAUUCUGUGUGCCAUGUAUACACUAGGAUUCGAACAUUAUGUUGAACCGUUGAAAUUAUAUCUCUCGAAGUAUCGUGAUAGUCUCAAAACUGAACGAUCUAGUCCAGAGCCAUCGCCUGACCACGAGCAACAAUACGAACCAAUUGAGCAAAACUUUAACCCCGUACCAGCCUCGAGCGCUAGAACGAACGUAACUGCAGAAGUCAUUUACGAAGGCUCAGAUGGCACAUACUAUCUCAAAGGUGAUCCUUUCCAUUGAUUAGAAAAAAGUGAAAGUAUUUUUUAAGCACGACUCGAUUGUAUAAUUGUUUGAAAAAUAUAUUAUGCUUUUUCUAGUAAA